AUGCCGCCUGGAUGCGGGAAUCCCAUGGAACCCAACAUGAGCCCAAUACAGAACAUAUGGUUUGGACCACCAGCCUCAACAUGGAGCCAUAUGCCCAGUGGAGGUUGCCCUGGGCUAGUUGGUACAGUACCUCCACAAGGAGCUCUACACCAUGAAGGACCUCGAGGCCCUGUACCUGUACCGGUACCUGGUGGAGUACCUCCGCAAGCAUUCAAUGGCAUGGGAAUGGCUGUGCACGGUCCCGGAUUUCCGCAUUCGAUGGUGACAGCACUACAACCUGAUCUAUCCCAUCGAGCUCCCAUGAGCAGUGCUUAUAACGUACCCCGACCUUGUGCGGAUCUUCCUCACGGUCUUCCUGGUGGAUGUGGCCCACAACCUCAUCAAGUUCCUUCUGCAGUAUUCCAACAAGCUCCCAAUGGAAUGCCCGGCUUUGGGCAGAACUUGCAUGCUCCUGGCGCUGGCUCGGGUGGCAAUUCCCCACUGGCAGGCAUGACGCCUCCGGUCGCUGGCAGCCCUGACAGGCAUGGACCACGAUCACAACCUGGCGACCCAUGGAGCAACUACAGGCCCACCGAGACCGUGACCAAUGCCAAGGAGUUCAGCCAAAGGCUUCGAGAGGAACGACCAGGCUUUAGGUCAGUGACGUCAGCCUUCGAAGCCAUGGGCAAGACGACGCCUUCGUCGACCGCACCUCAUGGUGCCAAUGUGACGAACGAGCAACUGCUGGCGAAGCUCGUUGAUGCGGUCUCUGGCGAUCGUAAGCUACCCAUUCCAACUUGGGACGGGACUCCAUCUGGACUACGUGGUUGGCUGCGACAACUGUCCUUUUGGGAGACGGAAUCGAACCUGCCCAAGGAGAAAUGGGGUGUGCGACUUUUCCAGUCCCUUUCUGGAGAAGCUCGCAAGAUCGCCGAGACAGUCAGCACGGAGGUCUUGCUCACCUCGGACGGCUACAGCGCUGUGCUGACUUCGCUGAUGCAGAAGUUCCAGCCCUACUUGGACGCUGUUGGCCCGCUCUCCAUCGACACGUUCCUGUACUCAGGUGAGAGAGCCCCGAGGGAAACCUUCAACGCCUACUUGAGCCGCAAGUCCACCCAGAAGCAGGAGUUGGAGUCGCAGAUUGGCGCCGAGGUCCAUCCCUUGAUAGCUGGACGUGUGCUUCUUCGACAAGCUGGCCUGACCGAGAACCAACAACAACUUGUGGCCCUGAAGAACCACACCCUGCUCUCCUAUGACGAGGUUGCCAAGACCCUGCAACCUUUGGACAGGUUGGACACCCUGGCCAAAGCUGGAGCGUUGACGACAGCGACGACUGGCAAGGUCUACAUGCAGACAGCUGAAGGGGAUGACGAAGAUGAAGAGAACUAUGAUGAGGAAGCAGAAGAAGAGCUGGAGACUGAGGACGAAGACAGCGACUUCAUCCAGUUCGAGGACAAGGAGUACGACGAAAUGGAGGCGGUGUAUGUCCAGGCCUACAACGAUGUGAGAAAGGAUUUGAGAUCCCGCCGCAAAGAACGUGGAUUCGUCAAGCAUGGCCGACGAUCGCCUUCGGCUGGCAAGCAGCAGAAGGACGAGCCCUACAUCAGGGGAACGGAGUCAGAGCUGCUGGCACGCACCAGGUGCUUUUCGUGCCAGGAGUUGGGACAUGUCAGCAGAAACUGUCCGCAUCGAUCUACAACGACGACAGCAACUCCGAAGAAGACCUUUGUGGCUGUGACUCCAACCGGCCAUAGCACGACAACAUCCUAUGCGGUCUUCAAGCACGAGUGCCAGUAUCCUCCGAAGGAAGAAGCUCUACUUCGUGCAGUAUAUGCAGGUGUGCAAGUCCGUGGAUUCGAGGCCGUGAUUGACACCGCAGCAGAGCAAUGCAUCAUCGGCAGCAAGGCCUUUGCAAGCCUUCAGGAAGAGCUGGCCUUGCUCAACCUCCGAGUGGUGCUCAUCAGGCAGCCUGCAGUUCCAUGGACUCUACGAUGUUCCAACAUGCAUCGCUGGGGUGUGCUGCGCUUCACUGUCAUCACGGACACCCUCAGCUUUGUGACGCCACCGCUGCUUGGAGUUUCCUACUUGGAGGCGGUUGGAGCCAUCAUUGACUUGAGCACCAACCAUUACAGCACUCCAGAUGGCCACACUGCCAACAUGCGAAGGUUGUCUUCUGGCCAUCGGGCCAUCCACAUGCUGGACUUCGACACCACGCCCUGGAAAUUGCCACUACAACAUCAAGUUCGCGGCCACGAUCCUUUCCGACUUCCUGUUCCUCGUUCCUCGCACUAUUUUUCGGGAGGCAAUGGUGCUGAAGGUUUUGGAGAUUUGCACGUUUCGUGCGAAGCUGAUGCUGGAAGCCCCAUGGACGAGACCUUCUUCCAGACGUACUUGGAGUCGCAGGUUUUGCCCUUGGAGAGCGGUGAACUGACAGCGGCACCAGUGGCAUCAGCGGCAUCGAGACCUGAUCGGUCAAGAUCUCCAACAAGAACCAAUGCUUCGGAACGCAACACCAUGGCCAAUAACGAAAACGACCAAGGACCUGGAACAGGAGCCACAACGACAAGACGUGUGACCUUUGACACAACGACUGCAGCUGGUGCCCCGGCAGAUGUUGCAUCUUCGGCGGCGCCUACAUCUCCUAUGACAUCCCCAGAACCUGCUGAAGAACCUGCAGCUGGUGGAGGAGCUUCUGCAAUACCUACACCAACAGAUGCCAAUCUGCCAGAGACGCAGGAGGAAUGGCACGCAGAAGAGGCCCCAUCGAGCCUGUCCAAAGAGACAGAUCCACCUGUGGAUCCCUUUGACGAAAUGAGCAGCCCUGAGUUUGUCAUGCACGAUGGCCAGGUGCUGGACCCCAACGUGGAGACCAAGGUCUGGGUGAUCAAGACGAACAGCGACAAGGAGCUUUUGGCGACCUACGUGGGCUGGAGGAUUCGAAUUUUGGAUCCCUUCGAUGUUCCACAAGCUCGCCGCUAUGACCUGACGGAACGUAGACAGGUGGUUGCCAAGUUUCCGCAGAAUGAGUCGCGGGUGGUGAGGGACUGCUGGCCCACCAACAUCAACCGCAUCAUGGAGAAGCCGUGGCAUGGCGACAUCACCUUCUACGAGUCGCAUGAGAAGGGCGACCCGUUCCGACCUUUUGGAACUUGGCUGGAUGCACAGCCACGUGGAUAUCCGCGACCACCACCUGGACCACCGCCUGGGUUUGGUUCGACCUCAUCCUCUUCAAGACCUUCUGGCGCAAGUGGCAGUUCUGGUGGGGGCGCUGGAUACUACACACACCAACACGGUGGACAUGCAGCUUCCGCGCAGCAAAACAGUGCGGCGCAGCUGAUGAUGAUUGAGUACAAGAUGGAUGCCACCGAUGGUGAUGGAAACUGGCAUGAAAUUUGUGAGAUGGAUGCUGGUGAUGUUGAUGAACCACAUCGGCAUGAUUGCAGUGCAGUCGAAUCGUCAAGUCGUGGUGAAAGUUCAAAGGCCUCCAUCCUCUCCAUGAUGGACAAGGAGGACAGGGGCGAGGAAUCGAGUCGAAAGCUUGGGACUCGGAAGUGCGAGACAGCUUGGUCUCGCGUGGUGAAAGCUAUGAUGCUGCUGAUCAACACGACGCGCUCGCAGAUGGUUCUGGACUACCUGCAGAAGAAGGGGGCAGUGUGCGACGAGGUGGACACCGAGAACGUUGGGGACAAGUUCAAGAAGGCGACCAAAGCCAAGGGCAAGGCGAACCAAACCGAGUGGAUCGCUCAGGGAAUUGGCAAGCCUCUGAAAAGGUCAACGGCACAAAAAUUUUGGGAGAAGGAGCCGGAGCAGUGCAACCACCCUGCAGAGUACCUACGCUACAGAGCCAACCGGUUCGACCGCUGGUGGGUGUGCCUGACGUGCGGAUCCCGCUGGGAGAGGUUCGAUGUGGACCAUGCGGCAUCCUCGACAGCCACGGUGGUGCCAGAGACGCCGGACUCCCACAGCCUGAAGACCCUGGAGGGCACGUAUCCCCAGUUCUUGCCAGCUCCAAGAUCGAAGCCCGACCAAGGAGCGGUGACCCUGAAGGUGACCAACAUGGGAAAGAUCUCCAUGGUGGAUGGAGGCACUGUGUCAACUACAUCACGGAGAUCGAAGACAAGCUCCCAGGAGACCGCUCGGGCAAGAUCUACUUCCAAGGAGCGCCAAAUGACGGGACUACGUGCAAGUCAGGCUGCCAAAAGAGUGCCGACCUUCAACAUCGACCGCGAGGGCACGAUGGAGCACUUGGAAGAAGCCUUCGGACCGACAGAAAUUCUCAUGAUCAGCGACGAGGAGAAGGUCGCAAAGACUGAGGAUGGUUUCACUGAGCCGGACAACUUCGACGGCGACUACAUGGCCUGCUACGUCUAUGGCCACCUUGCGCAGCAUUUUGCAAGCGCACAAGCUGACGGCCAAGGUUUACUCGCCACCGAGGGUGAAUUGGACCUUUCAACAGGAUGGGACUUUUGCAAACCCUCCCAUCAGAAGGCUGCGUUAAGACUUGUCAACGAGUUGCAGCCCGUGCUUGUGGUCCUCUCUCCGCCGUGCACUACGUUUUCAGCACUACGAAACCUGAGCAACUUCAAACGUGACCAAGCCACAGUUGCUCAAGAAGAAGCAGAAGGCAGACUUCAUGUCCGCUUCAGCGUGCAGUUGGCACGCAUCCAACAUCGAGCUGGCCGAGGAUUUCCUUUUGAACAUCCGAGGAACGCCACCUCUUGGACGACCACAGAACUGCAACAACUACGACAAGAAGAUGGUGUCCACGCAGUUGCAGUGGAUCUCUGCAGAUUUGGGUUGAAGACUUCCAAAGGGGCUCCAGCUCUGAAGCCGACACUUCUGCUUACCAACAUCGAGGAGCUUGCGACAGUCCUACAUCGAAGAUGUGAGGGGUUCCACAAGAGCCAUCAACCACUUCUUGCAGGAGAAGCGGCGUUGGCCGCAAAAUACACACCAGCCUUCGUGGAUGCGAUCCUUCGUGGACUUCGCCAACAUGUUCAAUCUUGGGUGAAGGCUCACAACUCCAGUUCCGACUACUGGGAGGUGAAGGACGAGGAGGUCAUCCGACAUCAUCGAGUUCCACGAAGAGCCCGCUUUUCUCCUACGGGUGUUGCUGGCUGCCCACUGGAACUUAGCAAGCUCUCAUCCAGUCGCACUACAGUCAUGAAGUUCGACAAGGGCCCGGUGCAGACCUUCAACGACAAUUGGCGAACCACUGCGUUGCCCCGUCAAACCAUGACGACUUUGUGGACAGGAACCACAACUUUUCCUGUUCAAGAUCCAAUUCUACUCCCACACGAUUGGCAAGAAGCUGCAAACUUCAUCGUUCGAGCAGCUGCACAUCCCAUUCACUCCUACAUCACCGAGGAGACAGCCGUGCAAAUGGAAUGGACAACAGCGUUUCCAUCCCACAGAAUUUUGGGAGGCGCGCCUUCUACGCCUUCAAGCACUGCUGGACCCCCCCAGUUCAACCGUUUUGCUGGGAUGGAUGGUGAUGACCUCGACGUCAACAUGCUGGACGACUUGGGUGUGAAUGCACCAGAUGAGACAUCAGAAAGCAAGGCAGAACAUGCCCUACGAGCCUUGGACCUGAGCAAGCCUGCAACGGACAACAUCCUUCAUCCUGAAAUGCGCAGGGAGCUCUUUAAGAUCCAUCGAAAUUUGGGACAUCCUUCACUACAAGUGUUUGUGAGAGCCCUGAAGCAUGCCGGUGUCAAGAACGAGGUGUUGCAGUGGACCAAGAAUCACUUCAAGUGCCCACUUUGUGAAAGGAAACAACAACCCUCUUCGCACCGCCCUGGGAAACUUCAGCGCGCCAUGAACUUCAACGAGGUGGUCGGUGUGGACCUGAUCCAAAUCAACGUGCCGGAGAUCGGAGACUAUUGGAUGCUGAACUGCUUGUGUUGGGGAACCGACAUGCAGAUCGUGGAGAUCGUCAAGGACAAGCAAGCCAGCACCGUCUUGGAGACCUUCUGCCGCGUCUGGGUCGCCCACUACGGCCCACCUGCAUUGGUCGUUGCAGACCAGGGAAGGGAGUUCAUUGGCCACCAGUUCACUGACUACCUGGGACAUAUGGGGGUUCCUGUGCACUUCAUCAACGCACGGAGUCCUUGGGAGAACGGGCGUACGGAGCGCGCCGGUGGCAUCUUCAAAUCCAGACUUGAAGGAGCUCUACAUGAAGUUGGUGCCACCACUGAAGAGGAGCUGAAGCUGACCAUCCAGGAGGUUGUCACCGCGCACAACCGCUUCUACAACCGGACGGGCUUCACACCCUACCAACGAGCCUUUGGUACCUUGCCGAGGAUGCCCGCUUCACUUCUUUCCGACGACCGCAUCGAUAAGCAGCUGAUGUUGGAAGGAGCUGGAGACUCUAUGAAGCGUGCAUGGGCUAUCCGAGAAGCUGCAUCCAAAGCAUGGCUUCGUUGGCAAGAUGAUGAAUCGGUCCGCAGAGCCGUGUCAACAAGGACAAGGACUUCGGACACCAAAGACUUCGAGGUCGGAGAAUUGGUCUACGUUUGGAGGAAUGUUCCUGGCUUCAAGGGAUGGACCGGUCCAGGUUCAAUUGUGGCAUUGAAGGGAGAAACCGCCUGGGUUUCUAUGAGAGGCUUCCUCAUGAAGGUCGCGAUCGCGCAGACCCGGAGAGCCACUUCGGAGGAAAGCCUUGGAGCAGAGCUUGUUCGGCAUUUGUCCGAACAGAUGCUGGAAGACCUAGAGUCCAAUGCGGUGAAGUACUACAGAGAUGUGGAAGGAGAAGGUCCUCCAGACGAUGGCAGCGAAGGCGGCGGAUACUCACCUUCUCUGGGUCCAGAGGGGGAAGAGCCGCUACUCGGUGGAGAUUCACCUCUCGAGGCAGAACCAUCGCCCCUAGCUCCCAUCGCUGAGGAACCAGAUGCUCCUAUGGAUGAAGUUCCACAAGAUCAAGUUCAACCAGCCGCUGAUGAUGGACGUUCAGAGAUCAGCACAGCAGAGCCUUCUAUGGGUCAUGCUCCAUCAGAUGGCGCCUCACUACCCUUCAGCCGCAUGGGCACGGAGAACACCAUUCCGGACCGACGCCUGAGUGGAGUCCGAGUUGAUGAAGGCCGUGGAGGAACGCUUGGUUUUGGCCCCAUUCGUGAAGGACCUCCUACAUCCUCUACUGCAAUGCCAUAUCCGAGCCCUCCUCAAGGAGUACCUUCUUGGCCGAGACCAUCACACAGCUUGUACUUUGAGGUGUCUGCAGAACCAUCUACCCAGACGCCACGCUGGACUUUGGAUCGACCCACUGGCAAAUAUACAAUGAACCCUCCAGACACGUCCAAGUUCAACGUCAAGGAAGCUGAAGCCGUGUACAAUGAGAGGGACCAGUGCAUGUACCUCACCAAGUCCAAGGCAAAGACAUCACCUGGUCAGGUCGAGUUUCGACACUUGCCGGAGAAGUACAAGAACAUCUUUCGGAAGUCUCGCGCCAAGGAAGUUGCCUCAUUGUUGAACUCGGGAGCCAUCCAAAUCUUGAGCGUCGAGGAGUCCCGGAAGUUUGCCAAGGAACACCCUGACCAUGUGCUCACCAGCCGCUAUGUGGAUCGCUGGAAGCCUACGGAUGCAUUUGGAGUCCUGCCGGAGGAGUACGAACAACCCGACUUCCUCCCGGAGAACCACAGUGGCCUGGCGCCGAAAUCUCGUUGGUGUGUGGUUGGCUGGAAGGACCCGCACAUUCACCAGAUCGAGCGUGCCGCGCCUACACCCUUGACUUCAUCUAUGUAUCUGGCUUUGCAACUGGCAGCAAGUCGCAAAUGGGUGGCUUUUGGAAAGGAUGCCAAGACAGCCUUUUUGCAGUCUCGACCAACUACAAGAGUGCAGAAGCUAGCCUGCAAGAUGCCAGCCGACGAAGCCUUCGAAGGAUACAGUCCUGAACAACUGAUCCUCCUUCUUACGGAAGUUUACGGCUUGGUAUCAGGCCCAGCUUGGUGGAGAAGGUCUCUACUCGAGCUGUUGGUCAAGGAGCUCAAGUAUCGAGUGUGCGUCUACGAUAGGUGCAUUCUGACCUUGGAUGGGCCCCUUGAUCCGAAGAACCCCGAUGCUCCAGUCAAAACCAGAGGAUUCAUCGUCCUGGAGGUCGACGACCUGUUGGAAGCGGGCGAUGAGGAGCACCGGAAGAAGAUGGAGUGGCUCGAGAAGAGACUGAAGUUUGGGAAGAUUGUCAACUUGCAGGAGACCGAGAAUGGCGGUGGAAGUGGAUACGCUGGAAGGCGAAUCAAGCAAUUGCCUGAUUUCAGCUUCACCUACAGCAUGGACGACUAUGUGGCCAACAGGCUUCACGCCAUCAAGGUUCACCGCAAGGUCUUGAAGAAGGACGCAGCCAACAUCAAGCUCAACGAGGACGAGAUCUCUCAGCUCAGGGGAACGAUAGCAGCCAUUAACUGGUCGGCACGUGAAGGACGCCCUGACGGCUCCGCAAGUGCUUCGAUUUUAUCUGGAUGCUUCCCCGAGCCCACUAUGAAGAACCUCUUCGAGUGCAACCAAGUCGUGGAGCUUCUAAAGAGCCGCAAGGUGACCAUUCGAAUCUUUUCCGUUGCGGAGGACCAGAUCCGGCACCUGCUCAUCGCGGACUCUUCCUUCGAUCCGACUGGGAGGACAAAGCCCCAGCAUGGAUGGAUCCAGGGUAUCACCACGCCGCAACUCAACCGUGGUGAGAAAGCCCCUGUGAGUCUGAUUGCAUGGCGAUCAAAGAAGUUGCGCCGCAAGGCGGGAAGCACCACGCUCUGUGAGAGCAUUUCGCUUUCAACAGCGUUGGCAGCGAUGGAGAAGCAAGUUGCCACCUUCCAGAGUUUCCAGUUUUCGAGGUUCGACCCGAAGAGCAUCACCAACGACAUCGAGGUCGAAAUGGGCCUACGUGGACCACCCACUGUGAUCGCCUCCGAGGAUCCGAAGUUUGUGGACCCACUGACGGUGGCCCUGAUCGAUGCCAAGAGUGUCUUCGACUCGACCUCGAGCCCAGAACGCCAAUUUCAGGGAGAAGAUGACCGAGCAGCCUUGGAGUCAGCCAUCAUCCAAGAAAGUCUCGCGAAGUUGAAGGCCAGACUACGGUGGAUUCCGCACAAUUUCAAUCCGAGUGAUGCCCUCACCAAGCUGCCACAACAGGCUCAUAUGCAACCUCUAUAUGAUCUACUAUGUCAACAGGCGAUGGUGAUCCAAAAAGAGGAGGACGAGCUUGCAGCUGGGCGACAGGGCGAUCACCGAAUGAAAUCGCAUGGAAGUGUCCCUUCCUCGCAGGAUUGA